AGAGACUGUUUAUAGUUUAUACCAAAUAGACGUCUGACUGAAUUCGACAGAAUAAAAUAUUAGACAUGAGUCCUCUCUAUGUUUUAUUGGGUUUCUUUGUCCUCGGAACAUCUGGGACUAUGUGUGAGGACAGAAACUCCUGUUCCAAUUCACUGUACCAGUUUGAAAACUGUUUGAAAACACACGAUACAGCAGUUGGAAACAGAAUUGAUACUUUGGAAGCGGAGGUGGAAAAACUAAAAGAAGCUGCCACGCCUCUGGUCUCAUUUUUUGCCGAACUUAAAGCCGAUGUCCAGGUGGUCACGGGAUCAUUGAACUUUGACCAUAUGUUGCUUAACGAGGGUCAUGCUUACAACUGCUCAACUGGUGUGUUUACCUCCCCCGUGCACGGCGUCUACUCCUUCAUGCUCACCAUAGGAAUGCCCACCCCGGAAUCAGCCACCGAUUACCUUCGACUGCGUAUAAUGAAGAACAAAGAAGUUGUUGGUUACUUGUUCAUCGAGUGGGAGGGCAUGUGGCUCAAGAGGUCAGAGGUCACCAUUGUGGAGCUUCAGGCAGGAGACCAAGUUUACGUCCAGAUUGAUACUGCUCCGGUAGGAUUCACAGCAAUAGCAGGAACUUCCCAUCAUUCUCACUUCUCCGGAUUCUUAAUCGGCAAGAGCAGCUGUGAUUAAAUCUCUUGAUUGCUCACUUAGGCACCAAACCUGGAUUAUGGCAACCGUAACGUCUGUGGAAAAAACUACAAGAUAGACUUAUAGAUUCAAUCACUGAAAUUUCCAUUUUCUUAUUAAACACUCUUGAUAUUAA